AUGGCGUGCCCAGAUUGCUUUCGAGGUGGUGUGGUCGUCGGCGAUCCCAAAGGCAGUAUCGAAACCCUCUACGAUGUACCUACCUACGUCGCUAAACCUGAGGGUGCCCCUUCUUCACCCUCAACAAUCGUCUACUUCACCGACGCCUUCGGUCUCGACCUUGUAAACAACAAAGUACUCGCCGAUGCAUACGCCUCCGCAACUGGCAUCCGCGUCCUGGUCCCAGAUAUCAUUCCCGGAGGUCCGAUGCCAGUUUCGGUUUUGGAUACCAUGGAAUCAGCGAUGUCCUCUGUUGGCCUGUUUGAUAUACCCGGCCAGAUCAAUAGAAUCUCCGCUCUAUUCAGCGCGAUGUGGCACUUCGUACCCUUCAUGUACCGCGCCAGACCCACCAUACCCGCAACAUUCAACCCGUGCCUCGACUAUGCGCGCAAAGUUAAGGCCGACCUGCCCGCCGGCGGUAAACUGGGACUUGCAGGCUUCUGCUGGGGUGGCUAUCUCAGUGUCAAUCUCUGCACGCAUACGGCUAAGGUAGGCGGAGAAGAACGCCUCGUCGACGCAGCGUUCGCUGCGCAUCCGUCGGCCUUGACCGUACCCGACAACAUCGUGGAUUCUAUCUUGAAAUUCAAGACACCACUUUCUAUUGCGCACGCGGAGAAUGAUAUGGUGUUGAAGACGGCUGGGAUUGAACAGACGGAGGCAGCGCUGAGGCAGAAAGCGGGUGAUGGAAAGGGGGAGAAUGGGUUCCAUUAUCACAUCAAGACGUACAAGGGUAUGGCACAUGGAUUCGCGGUAAGGGCGAAACCGGGGGUCGAGGCGGAAGAGAAGGCGGCGGAUGAAGCGAAGACCCAGGCGAGUGAGUGGUUUAAGAAGUUCCUUUGA